CACACCCCGCCCCCAACAUGUCUGUUGCUUCAGUUUGGAAAUUCCUGGGCUACGAGAGCCAGCGAGGCAGGACCAUCCCUCUCGGCCAGGGCACUGUCUCCAUCCGGAAAUACCGAAGUCCUCGUUCAAGAGGGGGAAGGCGCGAGGUUUCCGGGAAAGUGGCCCCGCCAGCACCGCCCCUCGGUCCCCCGUGGCCAGCGACUAUAAAGGAGCGGACGCGGUGCAGAGCCUCAGUCUGCACCCAGUGCAUGUGACCCGGACGCUGCUACCUGCGCUCUGCCCUGGCCUUGCUAUGGCUCCCAUCCUGCCUCUGCUCCUGGCCCUGGUAGCCCUUGUGAUUCCAGGGCCUGGUGGCGCUCAAGUAUCCAUCCACCCCAUAGAAGCUUUCCUGCCAUUGGGUGCAUCCAUGCAGGUGAACUGCUCUUCCUCCUGCACUGAGAACCUCAUCCUGGGCUUGGAGACUCAGUGGCCCAAAAGAGAGGUAGAGAGUGGACAUAGGUGGAAGCUGUUUGAACUGAGUGACAUUGAAGAAGACAGCAAGCCCCUGUGCUUUGAGACCUGUGGCACCAUCCAGUCCUCAGCCUCUGCCACCAUCAACUUAUACUCGUUCCCAAAGCGUGUGGAGCUGGACCCUCUGCCCACCUGGCAGCAGGUGGGUAAGAACCUCACCCUGCGCUGCCUGGUGGAUGGUGGGACACCGCGGCGCCAACUCUCAGUCAUGCUGCUCCGAGGGGAGGAGGUGCUGUACCGGCAGCCAGUGGAUGUGGACCCCAAGAACCCCAAAGAGAUCACAGUCACGGUGCUGGUGAGCAGAAACGACCACAAAGCCAAUUUCUCAUGUCGCACAGAGCUGGACCUCAGGCCACAAGGGCUAGCGCUGUUCACGAAUGUCUCCAUGACCAGGCAGCUCCGGGCUUUCGAUCUUCCUGUGACCAUCCCGAAGCUCAACACCCAUGACCUCCUGGAGGUGGGCACCAAGCAGAAAGUGCUCUGCUCCAUGGAAGGCCUGUUUCCUGCCUCUGAAGCCCAGAUAUCUCUGGAGCUGGGAGGCCAUACACUGACCUCCAAGAGCACAAACCACAGAGACUUGGUGUCUGCCAUGGCCUUGGUGGAGGUGACUGCGGAGCUGGAGGGAACUCAGCAGCUGCUCUGUGUUUUGAAGCUGGCAGACCAGACCCUGAGGGCCCAGAGGACCUUGAGCAUCUACAGCUUUCCAGCUCCUGCCUUGACCCAGAGCCCGCCAAACGUCUCAGAAGGGAGCCAAGUGACUGUGAGUUGUGAAGCCAGCGGUGGAGCGCAGGUGGUGAAUCUGACUGAUGUUCUGUCCGGGCCCCCGUCCCCGAAGGUCCAAUACACGCUGAAGGCAGCCACAGCUAAAGAUAACAAGCGACGCUUCUCUUGUUCUGCUGCCCUGAAGGUGGCUGGGCAGGUGCUGUUUAAAACCCGGACCCUGGAACUGCAAGUGCUGUAUGGUCCGUACCUGAACGAGAGUGACUGCCCAGUGAACUGGACCUGGGAAGUGAGGACUCAGCAGACUCUGAAAUGUGAGGCCAGGGGGAACCCACCCCCCACACUGAACUGCAGCCGGAAAGGAGAUGGAGCCCCGCUGCCCAUCGGGGUGGUAAAGUCUGUCAGUUGGGCGAUGAACGGCACCUAUGUGUGCCAUGCUGAAAGCUCCCAUGGAAAUAUCACCAGAGCCGUGUUCCUGACGGUCUACACAAAGACCAACGUUACCCUGAUCAUCAUUUUGGUGACAAUGCUGGUCAUUGUCCUUAUAAUCACAGCAGCCAUAUACUUCUAUAACCGCCAGAGAAAGAUCAAGAUAUACAAGCUACAGAGGGCGCAGGAAGAGGCCAUGAAACUGAAGGCGCAAGCCCCGCCUCCCUGAGCCACCAGGACACCAACACCUCCCUGGCCCCUCUGCGGGUGCAGCUGGUGCUGCUUUUGAACAGAAAGGUAGACAGAUAGUGUUUACCCACCUCCUCUGGUUGUGACAAGACAAGAUGGUGGCCUGGACGUGCACCAAUCAGACCUCCUUGGCCUCACACUUGGAGAGGAGGGAGCAACAUCAAGGGCGUGGAUCUGUGACCUGGACACACCCACAGCCUUGCAGGCCUUCAGUAAGGAAAUGCUGACCUCAUCCCUACUGCCCACGCUGAGGGCCCUGCCUGAGGAAGAGUGGUCUCCAAUAGACAAGCAGGAGUUGAAACAUAAGACCAUACUUCCUCUGACACAGGAACUCUUCGUGAUGAUGUAUUUAUUAAUUCGAAGUUUUACCUGCUAUUUAUUGAGUACCCUACACAGAUACUAGAGCAGUGAGCAGGUGAUCACAUAGGUUCUUGUCUGGCUCCUAUUGCAGGGGCUGUGCACACAACAGCCUGGAGAAAGACUCACAUGGGUCUAGGGCUCCUCUGUUGGUCAGGAUGCUUUUCCCAAAGGAGCUGUCACAAAAAUACUAAGUGGACUAUCGGGUUCCCUGCUCAUAGGCCCCACCCACAUACAUUCCUGUCUUUGCUUCCCAUGUCAGGCCCCAUACCUAAAUAUGGAUGCCUACCCUUGGCAGCUGAACAAUGGAGUCUCAUGCUCAUGAAACUGUGGUCAAUCCCUGCAUGCCCCACCUGGCUCCAUCUCAAAGGGAAAGUCUGGAAGAAAAUGCUGCAAUCACUUAGGAGGGUCCUGCAAGCUGGGGCGGGCAGUAAGCAUCCCUCCCAGCUCAGAAGCCUUUCCUUUGCAGCGAUGAAGUUUUAUGUGAGUUUGAGGACAGGUGACUUCAGUUACCUAGAGCUCCCUCUAAGUAUUCCUGACUCCCCACUUCUUCAAAGUGUUACCUGUUACCCUAACCCCGAGUCUGCAAACUAGCUUUUUGUUUGUUUUUUUUCUUUGUCUUUGUUUUUUGAGACAGCAUCUCUAUGUAGCCUGAAUGUCCUGGAACCUGCUAUGUGGACCGUGCUGGCCUCUAACUCACAGAGAUCUGCCUGCCCGUCUCCUGAAUGCUGGGAUUAAAGGCCUGAGCCAUUACAACACCCACUGAAAUCUAUUUAAUGACCUUUUGGAGCUUAAGUGAAAACUAGAGUCCCAGUUCAGAAAAGUGCAAUGACUUCUGGUUAACUGUGGGGUCUGAUGUGUCAUUUGGGAGGCGGUGUCUUCAACAGGGCUGCUGGGCCCACUCUUGGGCGUGGCCAGG